ACUUUUGACACUUUGACUGACUGAUCAGAAAAAAGCAUAUUGGCCAAUUAGGGCAACUGUCUGUCGGAUUAUACAUAAAAAAUUUAUUUGUCUCCAAAUAUUUCUCAGAAAAAACUAGGUGUUCCUCUGAAAUUAGUGGGAUUUUGACAAUUUGCUAGUUACCUCACAAAAAUCCUUGUUUAAUAUCAAUUUCAAUUGUUGUUUCGUUUCAUUUGACAAUUAGAUAUGGCGGCUCCGUCGUCCACCGGUGUUGUCGUACCACGGAAUUUUCGUCUUUUGGAAGAACUAGAAGCUGGUCAAAAAGGUGUAUCUGAUGGGACAAUCAGUUGGGGUUUGGAAAAUGAUGAUGAUAUGACUUUAACCCACUGGAUGGGCAUGAUCAUAGGACCCCCUAGGACACCAUAUGAGAACAGAAUGUAUUCUGUUAAAAUUGAGUGUGGUCAAAGGUAUCCCGACGAUUCACCAACUGCAAAGUUUAUCUCUAGAAUUAAUAUGAAUUGUAUCAAUAGUACUUCAGGAGUGGUGGACAAUAGACAGGUCCCAGUAUUGGCAAGGUGGCAAAGGGAUUACACAAUCAAAACAGUUUUGCAAGAAUUACGUAGACUUAUGACAUUGAAAGAAAAUAUGAAACUAACUCAACCACCAGAGGGCAGUUGUUUCUAGCCUUCAAAAAGAAAUAAUAUGUACCCCCGAGCACCUUCAAUGAACCCUUGUCCUAUUAGUUUUGAGACUUGCACACUAUUAUAAUUGAUGCAAAUUUCAAAAUAAUUCGAAAGAAUGAGAUGGAGAUCAGCAGUUACCUAGAGGGUUCUUGAAAGGUUUCCAGCAAUUGUACAGCUUUAACACACCAUUUGCUAAAUUGUAUUUAAGUUCUAUAAUCUUGAUUCUGCCAUAAGAUCAUAUCUAUUAAUAGCUGUACUUGCUAAUUUGUAAUUUUAUGUCAAAAUAAAUCUUUUCUCUAGGAUUA